AUGGAAGAAAGAAAAGGGGAUGCAACAAUUCUGAUCAUCUCCGGUUUGAUGUUCCUCUGCGUCGUCGCCGGCGGCCUCCUCCUCUGCCUCUACCUCUUUGUCCCGGAAUCGGAGUCUCAAGAUUGGUACUCCGUCGUCGGGAUCAUCUUGGUAUCGACUCCAUGGAUAUUUUGGUUUUUGGUUUAUUUGUAUCAUUGCCUCAAACCCAUCAGAUUGCAGUCCAACGCCGCCUUGAAACACUCCUCGAGCAGCAACCGGCCGCCGUCCGCUGCCAAUAACAGUGGCGGAAUUGUAGCCAAUCUUCCUCAAGUUGAAUCGCCGGAUUGUGAUACGCCCGGUGAUGGCAAACGACGUGUGCAUUUUGGUGCAGUGGUUGUUAAGGGAAAUAACCCACAAGGUGGUAAGAAAUCUAGCCAUGAUAGCAGUUCGAAAGAACUGAGAUCGAACGAGAGCGGAGCAACGUCGCCAACCUUGUCUUCGUAG